GCUCGGUUCACUGACUUUCCACGCUUUCCUUCUUCAGCGCGGCGAGAUGGCGGAGAGAGACAUCGACGACCUCCCCAAGAAUCCGGCGAACUUCACGGCCCUCACUCCGCUCUGGUUCCUCGACCGCGCUGCCCUCGUCCACCCGAACCGCCCUUCGGUCAUUCAUGGCUCCGUCCGCUUCACCUGGGCCGAUACCUAUCGCCGUUGCCGCCGCCUUGCUUCAGCUCUCUCCCGCCGCUCCAUCGGACCUGGAUCCACGGUAGCUGUAAUUGCGCCAAACAUCCCAGCAAUAUAUGAAGCUCACUUUGGAGUUCCAAUGGCCGGAGCGGUGGUGAAUUGUGUAAACAUUCGGUUAAAUGCAUCAACCAUUGCUUUUCUCCUGGACCAUUCUUCUGCUGAAGUAGUCAUGGUCGACCAAGAAUUUUUCACGCUAGCAGAGGAAUCUUUAAAAAUUAUAGCCGACAAAAAGAAAAAUGCUUUCAGGUCUCCACUUCUAAUCGUCAUAGGUGAUCAAAGUUGUGAUCCCAGAUCACUUCAAAAUGCUCUUAGCAAAGGUGCUAUCGAAUAUGAGAAAUUUCUAGAGACCGGAGAUCCUGAAUUUCAUUGGAAACCCCCAAAGGAUGAAUGGCAAAGCAUUGCUUUAGGUUAUACUUCCGGAACUACAUCAAGCCCAAAGGGUGUAGUAUUACAUCACCGAGGAGCUUACCUUAUGGCUCUAAGCGACGCCCUCAUCUGGGGAAUGAAUGAAGGGGCUGUUUAUUUGUGGACUCUACCUAUGUUCCAUUGCAAUGGUUGGUGUUACACAUGGUGUCUUGCAGCUCUUUGUGGAACUAGUAUAUGUCUUCGUCAGGUAUCACCGAAGGCCGUUUAUUCUGCCAUUGCAAAUCAAGGUGUGACUCACUUUUGUGCAGCUCCAGUUGUGCUCAAUUCCAUACUCAAUGCACCACCGAGUGACAUCAUCCAACCUUUACCUCGCAUUGUCGAUGUUAUGACUGCUGGUGCAGCUCCUACUCCGUCACUGAUUGCCGCCUUCUCCCGCCUUGGCUUUCGAAUCACUCACACCUAUGGCCUAUCUGAAACUUACGGUCCUUCAACUGUAUGCGCUUGGAAGCCCGAGUGGAACCAACUCCCGCCUGAAACACAAGCUAGUCUCCAUGCCCGUCAAGGUGUUCGAUACAUUAGCUUGGAAGGCCUGGAUGUUGUCAACCAGAAGACAAUGGAACCAGUACCUGCAGAUGGCACUACACUCGGCGAGAUUGUAAUGCGAGGUAAUUUAGUUAUGAAAGGCUACUUGAAAAACCCGAAAGCAACACAAGAAGCCUUUGAACAUGGUUGGUAUCAUUCCGGUGAUAUCGGUGUCAAACAUCCAGACGGAUACAUAGAAGUCAAGGACCGGGCAAAAGACAUAAUCAUCUCCGGCGGCGAGAACAUUAGCAGCUUAGAGGUUGAGAAAAUUCUGCACAUGCAUCCAUCAGUGCUGGAAGCUGCAGUUGCAGCUCGUCCGGACGAACAAUGGGGGGAAUCUCCGUGCGCAUUUGUGACUGUGAAGAACAAUAUCAGUACUAAAGAUCAUACCGAACUCAGUAAAGACAUAAUAACAUUUUGUCGAUCGAAGAUGCCACGGUACUGGGUGCCAAAAUCUAUAGUCUUCACACAGUUGCCGAAGACAGCCACCGGCAAGGUUCAGAAACAUGUGUUGAGAGCAAAAGCCAAGGAAAUGGGGCCUGUGAAGAAAAGCAAAAUGUAGUAAGAAUCUGCAGAAGUUUCUCAUGAAUAAAUUUUCUUAAGCAGUGUUUGAUGGGAUUAAAGAAUAAAGUUUUAUUUAUUUACAUGAUUUGUAUAUGCAAAUACUUGCAGUUAUGUAUGUUAAUGUUGUUCUGUAACUAAAUGAAUGGAAUAGUUGCUGAGAUAAUCAGAGACAUUCAGAAAUAAAUAACAGUUAAUUAUAA